CAUGGGCUCCGGUACCUGGGAGCUCCGCUGCGUCCCGCCUUCCGCGCCGUUGAGGGACCUGCUGCGAGCCUGAGCGCUCCGCUGGCCGGAGGGAAGGCGGGGAGGCCGGAUCAGCCGGGAGGGAGCUGCGGAGCGUAGCAGCGGCUGUCGUGCGCGCCCAGGUGUGGAAGUGGGACGAGGCAGAGUUCCGUGAGGGAGCGCGGAGCAGGUGAGCUUGGGUCCGCCUCGGGCUCCGGCUGAGGACCGAGGCUGGUCCCCGAGGCCCCCGAGCUGGCGGUACACCCGUCCUGAGGAGGACAGACCCGACGUAGAGGACGGACCGAGCAAGGUGACAUGGCCUCGCCAUUCCUGCCCACGGGGGCCACCAUGGGCGGCCUCGGCGGGGAGCUGAGCUCGGGGGACGACUCCGGUGAUGUCGGUGGAUCCCUCCAGAGCCCCGAGACCGAGGCAUCCAGGAGCCUGACAGAGCUGUUCGAGAAGGCUGCAGCGCACCUCCAAGGCCUGAUUCAGGUGGCCAGCAGGGAGCAGCUCCUCUACCUGUAUGCCAGAUACAAGCAGGUCACAGUUGGAAGUUGCAAUACUCCUAAACCAAGCUUCUUUGAUUUUGAAGGAAAGCAAAAAUGGGAAGCAUGGAAAGCACUUGGUGAUUCAAGCCCCAGCCAAGCAAUGCAGGAAUAUAUCGCAGUAGUUAAAAAAUUAGAUCCAGGUUGGAAUCCUCAGACACCAGUGAAGAAAGGAAAAGAGGCAAAUACAGGGUUUGGUGGGCCAGUUGUUAGUUCACUUUAUCAUGAAGAAAUCAUCAGGGAAGAAGACAAAAACAUAUUUGAUUACUGCAGGGAAAACAACAUUGGCCAUAUAACCAAAGCCAUCAAAUCAAAAAAUGUGGAUGUGAAUAUGAAAGACGAAGAGGGCAGAGCUCUACUCCAUUGGGCAUGUGAUCGAGGACAUAAGGAACUAGCCACAGUCUUGCUACACUAUAGAGCUGACAUUAACUGUCAGGACAAUGAAGGCCAAACAGCUCUACAUUAUGCCGCUGCCUGUGAGUUUUUGGACAUUGUGGAGCUGCUGCUGCAGUCUGGCGCUGACCCCACACUCCGCGACCAGGAUGGCUGCCUGCCGGAAGAGGUGACGGGCUGCAAAGCGGUGUCUUUGAUGCUGCAGCAGCACACAGCCAGCAAGGCUUAGCCAAAAGACUAGAAAGCCACAGUCUACACGACAUAGGGCUUCAAUGAUGAGAGAAAACUGCCAGAAUAAUAUUCCUUUUGAUAUGCACUGGCUAAUAAAAUCAAAACAUUCUGAGGAACCGGGAUUUUGAAGCCUCAGCAAUUCAUUGUACUUGUAUACAUCCUGGGGAGUAGAGUUUUGGUGAUGAACAUAUAUAUAUACUGUGUGUAACACAAUCCAAUUCUGCUGAGCGUGCUCUGAAAUUUAUCACUGCUCUGGAGGGAGGGAAAGAGAGGAGACAGGUCGUAUUUCACGAUAUUAAACAUGGCUGCGCUUUUGAAAAAGAAAAAUACAAAAGCAAAAGGUGACCAGCAGUACUGCACUGGCAAUUAGGGAAAGUUUCAUGAAAGCCCAGUAUGGUAGAGAUCAAAUGUUCUUGUGGCAUUUUGUACAGCUGAUCAGACUAGGUAGCUAAAAUGCCUGUUCUUUUGACAGAAUUGGGAGGAUAGGAAAGAAGAGGGGUGUUAAGGAAAAGAAAACAAGAGAAACAAUUGAUCACAAAAGGGGAUAUAGAAGUCAGAAGAACAAUCAGAUUUCCUGAAAACCUCAAAACCUUGAACAUUUUAGAAAAAGAUUGAGCCACUCACUUUAGGAUUGAAACAUGGAUUCUGGAGAAUUCACUGGUUAGGUCAGGAUUCCUUAAACUCACCUUCGCAAAAACACAAGAGGGAUUUCCCCAGGGCCAUUUUAAUUGACUAUAAUGUCCCUGUCAUUUAUGGCAGCAGUCUCUGUAAAUGAUCUCAGGCCUGAACUGGUAGGCCUAUUUAGGUCUAAUGUGAAAUUAUCCAUAAUGCCCCAGUACUAAGGAGCCCCAGUGAUGCAGUGGUUAAGUGCUCAAACCCACCAGUUGCUCCAAGAGAGAGAGAUAUGACAGUCUGCUUCCGUAAAGAUUUACAGACUUGGAAACCGUAUAGGGAAGUUCUACUCUGCCCUGUAGGGUCGGUAUGAGUCAGAAUUGACUCAAUGGCAAUGGGUUUUUUACAAGCCCAAGUACUUAUAUAUUAUUAUUGAAAUUCUUUCUGGGUAUCAAAGGAGCUUUUUUUAUUAAAAAAAAAAAAAGGCAUAGACAAAUACACCACAGUUUUUAUUUAAAAGAUAGACAGGUAUGCCACUGUUAGGACUGGCUCCCUGCAUUUGAGUCUUUAAGCCUCAAGAACUCUAUCUGGGGAAUUCCUUGACAUUUCUUAACAUAUAAGGAAUGUAGGUAAUUGCCAUAGGAAGAUAAAUGAAUUCAGAAUGAGUUGAGAUGUAAAAGUGACCAUUUAAAAGUUGAUAAUUUUUCUAACAAAUGUCACUAUGAAGAUAACAAGUAAUGAACUUGCUUAGUGAAUCCCUCAACAAUGGACAAAAUCUUCAUUAGCUGGAGCUGUCCUGUCCUGCUGGAACAGCCCUCCAGAAUAGAAAUGAGACCUUUUAAUGCUGCUUGUUUUGUGAUUUUUCUGAUCUGAAUUCUUAUUUUCUGAGUGUAAACCAAAGCCAUUCUCCAAGACGAUUUUUUUAAGACUUCAUUUUUUAUUUUUUAAGUAUUUGUGGAAGUGAUGCAUGUUAGUACAUACUAAUAUGUUACUGUAAUUUUACUAGAAAUUUCUCUUUAUUAUGUAUUCUUUCACCACAAUCUUAGUUAUGUUGCAACCUACUAUCUAGCUAACUUCCUCAUGUUCCACAUUAAUUGGAUGUCUUUAAGAAACAUGAUAGGUUAGUUACAGUAAAAGUGACCAAGAUGUCACAUACAGUUUUGGACUGAAAUUACUUUGUGCAUUUUUAGGAUAAUAGCAAAUCAAAAGUGUUUGGUCUUUUCAUAUUUACAGGGUAGUUAUCUGAGCAAGAAGCUGUCAACAAACGCCUUUUUUCAUCUCUCUUUUGCAACUUGACCUUGAUAUUUCUUAGACAAGUUUUUAAUUACCUGUUUUGCCACAUCUAAACUAUAUAGAUUGUUUUUAAGCAAAGAGUAGCUUUUUAAAAUUAGUUUUCCUUGAAAGGUUUUGAAUUCACACUAUCACUAAAAACAGUUAUCACCUUAAUUAACAUUUUCAAGUAUGUUCUAAAAUCAGUUUCCAAAAUUUCUAUUCUUUUGCAAUUGAUACCUGAAUUUUUUAAAACUUUGCUAUCAAAUAACAUGGAUCAUUUUCUUGUGCCUUAAGGGGAAGCUUUUAUCCAUAAUGUCAGAGAAAACUAGACCUUGGUUUGCUUUCAUUCCCCUUAAAUUAUUAAACUAAUAUGCUCACGCAUCAUACUCAGCCAGAUCAUGAGUUCCAUUGCCAAGAGCUGCAGUAGAUCCUACCAACCAAAGAACACAAAUUUGCUCAAGCAGAAAGCCUGCUAACUUCCCCAGAUACCUGGUGAACCAUGUUUUCAUACAGCUCAGCAGGAUAAAACCAGUUCAUUUAGUCUAAGUUUAGUUCUGCAAUGCAUUGUUUUUUUUUCUUCUGAGCAGAUUAGUAAUGUUCAAGUGAAUUAGUAUUAGAAAAUGAUCACAGAAAACCCUUUUCUCAGGGUUCAUUUCUGGUCAUAAUCAACCAAAAUUUUAAAAUACUCGUCACCUUUUUGUUGUUGUUGUUAAAUGUUUACUGGGAUUGGAAUUCCGUUUACCUCAUCCUUGGUUCAAACUCUCUCAUUUGGUGUAUGCACUGCAUGCGAACAUUUGUGAAUUGAGUUACCACCGUGUUCUCUCAGUGGAAUCUAGUUGAUUAGCAAAGUCAUAAAGUGACUAACCGAAGACAUUUGUCAGGCUUAUGGGUAGUUACUUUUUGGUACUUUACCAUUUGCAUUUUCUAGACUGUUUAUAUAAUGCUUUCCCCACUCCUACCUCAUUCUCAAGUCCACAUUUAUUUUAUUUUCUUGUCCUAAUGGCCACGUCUGUAGAUGUGUGCACACAUAAAAACAUAACCUAGCCCUGUUUUCCCACCUUCUUUAAAAAAAAUUUGUUGCUUUUUCUUUUUUCUUCCUUUUCUUUCCUGAAGAUAUUGUGAUCAGACCACUAGUGACUCUUUCUAUAUUUAAUAGUUAUUCAUAAUUGUUGUUUACUUUGCCCUUCACCCACUGAUCUAAGAAGCCUUGAUUGCCUUCACAUCAGUCUUGGCAUACACUGUAAAAAAUGAGAAAUGGAAAGAGAAUCAUGUAAGGAAACAUCAAAGCAGAGGCAAAGAAAAGUAUCUGAAUCACUUAUCUUCAAAACUCUUGCUUGAGCCUGUCUUCUAACUCAUUGUUAACUCUUGGGGAGUUCCAGGUUGCUUUGAAAAAUUAUGAACCUCUUCCCCGGGAACACGGUGUUGUGCGUGGAAUUUGAAGAGUUCACAGAUGUCCUGAAUCUCAUCCAUUAAGAACCCUUUUUUUCUGGUUCCUUAUCAUAGUAUUUCAAGAGUGAGAAACCUUUUGUUGACUGACCCAAUUUUUAUAGUUUUAAGUGCUUCUACCAGAUGAUAUAUGAAUGUCCCCCUGCAUAUUUGAAACAAUGAGAAAAGCAUUUUUUUUAAUCAUUGGCCAAGAUUUUAAUGAUAUGCAUAGAUCAUGGUUUUAUCACUAAUCACCACAUUGGGAAACUUCUAAAGAUACCAAGAAGUUGGGCCCCUGAACUAUUUGAUCUCUGAUUCUGUUGAAGGGCAGAAAUUAGCCCAUAUGUUCAGCUCUGUGUGACUAAUGAUGCCUUGUAAUAUGUGCUUAGCUUUUUUGACUUUUCAGAGUCCUUUCAUAGACAUUAUUUAUCAUCCCUCCACAGUAAGUGCAAGUGUUAUUAAGGCCACCUAAACAAGGAAUCUGAGACACAAAUAUAAAUUGCCCAAGGUCACAAACAGAGUUCGUGGCAGAGCCACAACUAAGACCAAGUCUACUGAAUUCCAGUACUUUCUAUUAGACCACAAAACUUGUUGAAAUUUCCAAGCUCUUCCUCCAUUCAAUCCACAGAUAUUUCUUGAGAGCCUACUAAAUGAUAGGCAGUAUUCUAGGCCACUGUCAAUCCUUUUUCCCGUUAGAAUAAUUUAUAAUUAAGUAUGUGUUGUUAUCUCAAGAUAUUGCAUGAGAUAUCCUGAAAAAGUCUUAUAGAAAUUCAUGAAUUAUCAAUCAAAAACUAAAUCUUUUGAACCUGAUUUAACUCUGUCUCUAAGAAAGAUGAAAGAAGUCAGCCAACUGGCCACAUAUUGUUAUCUCUUACGUUUGUCAGGUAGGAGUGUAAUGACUGAAGUAUAAUAUCUAGAAUCAGAUCUACUAUAUCUUUUUUAAAUGUUUCAGCAUUUUCUAGCAAAAAGGUUGCCAUAAUCCAGUGAACCUCUCUAUUAAAUAGGUAGUUGUUAGCUUCCUGCCAGGUUUAACUACUUGGCUCUGGGUUAUUUUUCCAUGUACAGUGCAGCACCUCUGAGGAUUCGUGAACAAAGUGCGUGACCGUGGCAGAGCUGACCUUGGGUUGCAGAAGGUUUUAGUGCCCAGGCAAAUAUAUACUUCAGUUGACCAUGGAGACUUUUAAAUGUUUCCUUUUUUAAGUUGAAACAUGAAAGCUUUUACAAAAUUUCAAGCCCGUAUUAAAAUCUCCUUCAUAAAAAAAUGUUUGUUGAUCACAGGAGAGGUGGGUAACCCACCAGCCACAAGUUAGUAAUGAAAAUAUUGAGCUUAACUAUUUAUGCGUAAAUUUCAAAUCCCAAUUCCUAAGGUGAUUUCUGUCAAACGUUUUAAUCGUAGUUAUAAUACCAUAUUUGAUCAAUUCUAAAAUACACAUUUUUUCACAUUUUAACAUUUCCAAAAUUGAAUGUCCUUUACCAGCAAUGCCAUGUCAUAGUUUAAUUGGCAGCGUCUUUUCUUAGUAAUACAUAAGAUAACGCGUCUUAUAAGCAGUGGCAUCUCAUCUUCAGUGAAUUAACAGUAAUAACACCUUACUUUUGUACAGGUCUUUACACAUACAGCAUCUUAAUUGAACCAAAAUAAUUAUAAAAGUAGAAAGAAUUGAUACUUGUCUCUGUAUUCCAAAUGAGGAAAUUGAAGCUCAGAACCAUUAGGAAAAUUAUCCAAGGUCAUACAAGUAGAAAUAGUAAAACUGCCUGUUUUUAUGUGGGCUUUAUUUUGUAUGAGGCACUUUAACGUACAUGAUCUUAUUUAUUCAGAAUCAGGGUGAUUAUCCAAGCCUUGUGAUACCAAGUCCGAAAGCUUUCCCUGUACCGUGUUACCAGCGUAAACUAAAGCUAAAACAAAAGAACCGCAUUCAAAGGUGCAUUAGCCAGCCUCUUUAUGGAUGUUGUAUAAACACAUUGGUCUUAAAACAUAGAAAGUCUUCAAUGCAGCCUUUUUCAGUUGUGAGAUUUGUAAAAUUAUUAUUGUCAUUGUUGGAGCUUUACCUUAAGCAUCUUAUUUCAGUAUCCAUUCACAGCUCCUUCUUCACCAGAGAGAUUUGAGGUUGAAGUGUAGUGUAGACUCAAGGGGGGAGAAAUGCUUCCUUGUCAUACUUACCACUUAAUAUUUAUUAUGUACCAAGUAUGAUAAAUUUUAAAAAGAUGCAUUAAUUGGCAUUAGGCUAAAGAAUUGAGUAGAAAAAGCUAUUCAGCAUAAUCUUUACUCGCUUACCCUUGAAAUACUCCUGUCACGCUCCUCCCUGAAAAGCAGAACGUAAGCACCGUGAUUCUCGUGUGGAUCAAUAUAGUUAUUAGGAGUUUGUGACUUUUUAUUUCAUACUUAAUAUUUUUACUUUUAUACACGAACUCUCCAAACUUUUCUUUCUUGUUUUUAUUAUAUCACUUUUUCUUGGCACAAUUCUAAAAUAAGUGGUGUUAUUUCACUUUGUUUUUUCCUCUGCUUUUGUGAUGCAGGUUCUGGAAGAACCGUCAUCUGAGGGGCAGGUACCCUCCUCAGCAGGGCCAAGCUUCCUGGCCUUAAAAGCCACAUGCCGGUUUACACUCAGGACAGAAUCUUCCUCACUGAAAUUCUUCCUACAUGUGUUAGAAAGAGCGAAUAUGAGUGAGCACUAGAACGCUGAGGUUAAGAACCAGGUGGGAAACAUGUGAGGAGCUGCCAGCAUAGCACACAUGUGCCUCAGGCAGGAACUCGAAGCCUCAGGAUGGGUUUCUCUCUUAAGUGAGAAAAUGACCAUUUGAACCUAAAACUACUGAGUCCAGUGGCAGAACAUGUGGGACUGUAAGGCAUUUAGGCAUAGAAAGGUGACUUUCCAUGGGCUGCCUUCAGCAGCAGCAGCAAAUCCAUCGUCCGCACUGCAGCCAGGAUUUCUUUGUCCUCUCGCUUGUGUAGCAUUCCUGGCUUCCAUUUUAAUAUUUAGGAGGUAAGUUCAGUUGAUGGACACUUUGUGUAAUAAAAAGCGCUUUUAAACUACUUGCACACGUGCACACACACGCACACACAGGAUAAAAAGAGGCACUGCCGGUGCCCGUGGCUUUCAUGGACUAUAUUUGUAGAGCCCAAAGCUUAGUCCUGGAUACGUUUAUAGCACUUUAGCUCUGUUUGUGAGUUUGGAACCCUUCCAAAAAAAGAAGAGAAAGACAUAUAUUAUUGUUUAUAAUCUGCUUUACUCCUCCAAACCUUGACUGAACAGACUUGUGGAUUGCUGUUUAAAUCCCUCAGUGCCUUUAACUACCGAUACAGAAAGUGGUUAAUGCGAAUUCUAAACGAAGCUUGGCAUCUGCUCCAGGAAAUCACUUUAAUUGAGAAGCAUUAAAUGUUAAAAUGAUUUCACAAAAUAAAUAAACCUGCACACAUACUGAGUAUAAACAUCCUGGUCCACCAGUAAUAUAGUUUCUUGGUUAUUAUAUUCCUCCAGCCUGGGUAAGCUUUAAGCCCUGCAGUUGACAGGUGUCAAAAAAGUGCCUUUGGAGGCCCGUGGUCACUCUCUGCAGGCAGCCACCUAUCAGCUGGCCAGGGAGCAGGCAACCUUCAAGGACUGCACUUUAGAGGAGAGGAGGGAGCUGUCAACCUCAUAGAUGUUUGUUUGAAUAAUAAACUAGUCCCUGGUGACUAAAAUAUGAGAUUUAACCCCGGAGUCCUUACAUGGGUUUUCCAUUGCUGUGCAAGAGCCAUCUGUUGAAACCUGUUUACAAUUUUAAUGGCCCUUUUCUAAACUGCGUAUUCCCAGCUCCAAAUGUGUGCCAAGACCACUUCUUUCCAUCUAUAGUUUAUCUUUCAGAAAACAAUUUCUAGCCUUUCCCAA